ACCUCCCGCCCCGCCGGGUAAAGGCGGCCGAGGGCCCGGCUCGGCGCUGCCUAAGGUGAUCCCUGCCUAGCCAUAAUGCUGCCCACGGCCGGCCCUAGCCCCGGGCAGACCUGCGGGGCCGUGCUGGCCGCCGCCGUGCUCCUGCAGUCCGUCUGCGUGGCAGUCACCUUCCUGUACUUCACGAACGAGCUCAAGCAGCUCUGGGACACGUACUCGAAGAGCAGCGUUGCUUGUCUCACCGGGGAGGAACUUGGAAAUUUCAUCCAAAACUUGGAUGUAAUUGAAAGCGAAGACAGAGCAGCUGACCCCUGCUGGCAAGUAAAGUGGCACCUGGGAAAGUUAAUUAAAAAGAUGAUGUUGAGAAGCUUUGAGGAAAACAUAUCUGCAGUCAAUGCUGACAGAGCCCUGACGCUUCCGCGCACAGACGGACAACAGCCGCAGGGUCCUGUCUACAGGAUAGCAGCACACCUGACGGGCAACAGCAACAGGAGGAGUUCCUUGUCACCACACAUAGAUUCCUCACCACGAAGAGGUAACGGACACAAAAUAAACAACUGGGAAUCGUCAAGGAAGGGCCACUCUUUCCUUUACAAUGUGGAGCUGAGGAACGGCGAGCUGGUGAUACCGCAAACGGGGUAUUAUUACAUCUACUCACAAAUUUAUUUUCGCUUCCGUGAAAAUGAGAACGAGGAUUCAGGUUUGUUGGCACAAAUCAGAAACCCCAAGCAGCUUGUCCAGUACGUUUACAAACUGACUGAUUACCCAGAGCCCAUUUUGCUCAUGAAAAGUGCAAGAACAAGCUGCUGGUCUAAAAAGGCAGAAUAUGGACUUCACUCCAUCUACCAGGGUGGUGUGUUUCAGCUGAAAAGGGGCGACAGGAUUUUUGUCUCGGUCAGUAACAGUGACAUAGUUGACAUGGACAAGGAGGCAAGCUUUUUUGGAGCCUUUAUGAUCGGUUAAAAGAUGAAAACCAUGCUCCAAAGGAACCGGUUUUCAUAGCCAGGACCACCUCAAAAUUUCAUAAAACAGGAUAGUAAGCAAAUGCUGUAGCAAUACCGACAAUACCAGGAUCCCCCUUCUCAGCUCAUUCUCGCCGUGCCAAAACACGCUCCCAAGAGCCGGGAAGGAGCCUGGCUGCCAUCGAGCAGGCGAUGCUUCAUGCAGGCUGGGGAUGCGCGGGGACGUCAUGGGCGGUCAGACCCCGCAGGUAAGCACCUGGCUGUGAUCUCUGCAGAGGUGCUCCAUGCUGGCUCAUGUUGGGUGGCCAAGGGGCUGCUCCGGGUGUGGGUGCUUGAGGAGAUAAUGUUUCACCCGUGGUCUGUGUUAGGAUGCUGUCAUGAAUAUCUCUGCUCCAACGAGGAGCCGUGCAAGUCCCACUGCCCAGAUGCCAGUGGAAUUAUUCUGGGAGUUUUUGUUGGAACCUAAGUUUUACAAAAGGGAAAGGCCAUCCCAAAUUCAUGCUGCACGUCUUUAUCUCAUCUGCCAAAGCACUUAAGCACCUAAUUAAUUUUAAGCGCACAAACAGGCUGACUAAACCCGGGUAUUUACAUGCUUGAAAUUAAAUAUGUGCUUAAGCAUUUUUCAGGAUCAUGGCUUGAAUAAACACAUUAGUCUGUCUUAAUCAGUAUAUUGUACAUAAAAACAGCUGCUGAAAGGGCACAGAAGAGGUUUUGAAAUCAAUCAGUAUUUUGAGAUCAACACAUUAUGAUAGUGCCUGUUUACUUAAUUGCUGUACUGCAAAGAUUUCACCGUGCUUCCAAUAGGUUCAGUAAUGCAGUUGCUGUACACUUGUUGACAGCAAGUACUUGAUACCAAAAAAAAAGUGAUUUUCUCUAAAUACUGAAUUCUAUUAGACAUUUGACACAAAUUGAGCAUGACAUGGUUCUUCCAUGUUUAUUUGGUAAAGAUGCAAUGCAGAACAACACACCCCGGUGACUAAUGUUUUUAGGAAAACAUACACAGCUAUGUGUACUUAACCAGAAGCUGCAGUUUAGGUAAUGCUAUUUUGAUUUUUCUAUUUUGUUUGUAGAGAUGGGUGGAAAUUUUUUCAUAACUUUAAACUUAAACUGGCCGCUACAGUUAUUAACUCUAUGAUUAGAACUAUUUUCUAAUUAAAAUUUACAGAGAAGAUAAAGGUUUGUAGGUGUAAGUUGUAUGGGCUAGAUAGAUCCUCAGCAUAAAUCAGUACAUCCGCAGUGGUGUCAGUGGAGCUAUCUAUACCAGUUGCACCAUCAAUGCAUUUUGCCCAGGUUCAGAGAAACCAACAGGAAACAGAAGGAGAAAGUCAGAAAAAAAAUGGAGGGAAAGGAAGACAGUUGUUUUUCAAAUGUUACUUUCAAUCAACAGAAUAACGCCAGGAGAAAACCUGGUUGUCUAUUUUUUUAACAUAUUAAGGUUCCCACGGCAACCUUCCCAUUCACCUUCCCAUUGUGAUAAUUAAAUCACUGUACAGCCCUUGCAAAUGGGCCUCGUGAGUAGACAUGCAUCAUUCAUCUCACCGCUUUGUCAACAAGAGGAAAUGAAGGGGCACAAGCCCCUGUGUUUAUUUUGUUGUUCGGAAGAGCAGUUCGCUUGGUUGGGCACUUAAAUAAAUACCUGCGUAUGAGCAGUCAGAGAAGAACUUCAGCAACACCCUCCUUUUGACAGGCUAAGACAAAGAAGCACUGGGGUGAGCUUAAAACAAUAACAUCGUCUGCUGUUUUAACAUAGUGUCACAUAUACUUUUUUUCAGUGGUAAUCAAAUAUGUGAAUUUCUCCAUCGUUUACUGAAAUACUUUGUCUCAAAUUCAAAUAAUGUAUUUCAGCACAGAACAGAAAACAUAUCUCUAGUUUUUUUCCUGAUUUCAGUACUUAAUUCAGAAAUUUUCUGCCUGGCAGACAAGGCUAGGGAGAACAAAAAGCCACUCUCUAUAUAACUGGAUGUCUGCUACAUUGGAAAAAUGGCUUUUGUAGCUGCUUAUCUUUUCAAAUGGACCAAGCAUUUUAGCUGCAGGACAGGAGUGACCCAUGUCAUCAAUUUCUUAAAAAAAAAAAAAUUAGUCUAUUAAAAAUGUAUUUUUUUAAAAAGUUAUUUUAGGAGCUUAUUUGAAAGAAAUACGUUGGAACUGUGAAAAACCAUUUCCUAUUGCUGGUGGCAGCUUAAGAGUCAGAAGCCCUCCAUAUGGCUGAGAACCAAUUUGUGUAAUGUAGCAGUUGUGGGCAGCUAGAAAGGACUGGAAGGGAAUCCGGAGGGGUCUUCGCACACUUGCAGCUGACAUUAAGACAAACUAUUGCACACACAUUUUAUUUUUUUGCUCAAUGUUCUCCCUCCAAGUCUGAAUAUAUAUCAUGCUCACUGUUGCUUAGGGAAUGUUCCUGGGCAUUAUCUUCUUUUUUUAUCUGCAUGUACGUAUUCUUGGUCGCUGCAUGCAGAGUAUAUCACAACAGGGAUCACACUGAAUAAUCAUAUUUUAUUUCUGAGUAAUCCAAAGUCAUGCUUGCCAGAUAUUAUCCUGGGGAGAGACUAUCAAGCGAUAUCUGAGAGGACACAUUUGAAGACAAGUGGAAAGAUACAUCAACUUCUGAUUGUACAUUUGCACCGAGUCAUACUUUUCAUCUCACUUUUUGUUGAAUGGUAAAUGUAGCAAUUUUUUAUUUGUGGGUGUAGGUUGCAGUAACAUGUAAGUACUAUAAUUUUUCUACAUAUAUUUUCUAUAAAAUGUUUUUAGUAAAUA